AGGACAGAUGAAGAAGACCUCAAAAGUUAUAAGCAAUCUUGUCUAAACUAAGUACUCCGGAAGCUCAAACUGCCAUUAACAACAGAAAGAGGGGCAAAUUUACAAAAGCAUCUCACACACCAACCUUCAAAAGCAAGACCAUCACAUAAAAGAGGAACAAGAUCCAAAAGAAACUCUAUGUCACACUCCUAUCUCCUUGUGUCAUCGUCCUUCUUACACCGAAGGCAGGAUGCCACAAGAAGAUGAAAACUCAGAGAUCAUGAUCACCUUCCUCAGAAAAGAACUCGAAGCUUCUCUCGAAAAGAAUGCUUCACUGGAGAAAGAAAACCACGAGCUGAGACGAGAAGUUUCUCGCCUCAGAGAUCAGAUAACUUCCCUUAAAGCAUACAACCAUGAGAGGAAAACUGUUCUCUGGAAGAAGUUCCAGAACUCGAUGGAUACACCAGAGCAAAGUCCAGCUGCAAAAGAGAAAAUGAGUCCGAAAUUAGACUUCACAGAGGAAAAGCCGGCAACGACAUUGACAAAUGCACCACCGCCCAAACCACCUCCAACUCCUCCUGCUUCAUUCAAGGAGGUAAAGGGAAAUAAAGGGCCGUCAGCACCAGCACCUCCACCUCCACCACCGCCCUCAAAAUCACUAGUCGGUUCAAAAGGAGUGCGCCGUGUGCCAGAAGUAAUUGAGCUCUACCGAUCACUUACAAGGAAAGAUCCACACAUGGAGAACAAAGCCAACCCUGCAGGAGUUCAUGUUUUUGCACUCACCAAGAACAUGAUUGGAGAAAUCGAAAAUCGUUCAUCUUAUGUUUUAGCUAUAAAGUCAGAGGUCGAAACACAAGCAGAGUUCAUAAAUUUCUUGAUCGGUGAGGUGGAGUCAGCAACCUUUAAGAACAUUGCUGAUGUAGAAGCAUUUGUGAAUUGGCUGGAUCGGCAGCUGUCCUCCUUGGUUGAUGAAAGAGCAGUCUUGAAGCAUUUUCCGCAGUGGCCAGAACGAAAAGCCGACACUCUGCGAGAAGCUGCUUGCAACUACAGAGACCUCAGAAACCUCAAAUCCGAAGUCUCAUCAUUCGAAGACAGCAUGAAGGAGCCAUUGAUCUUGGCUCUAAGAAGAAUAGAAGCAUUACAAGAUAGGCAAGCAUGCAUGUUUAUGUCCAAAAGCUUAAAUUUUACUGUUCCAUUCAUUGUAGGGAACGAAAUAUUAAGGUUCAAUUUUGACAGAUUGGAGAGAAGUCUUAGCAGCACAGAGAGGACAAGGGACAUUACCAGCAAGAAAUACAGGGAUUUUCAGAUCCCAUGGGAAUGGAUGUUAGACACAGGUCUGAUCGGACAGUUGAAAGUAAGUUCUCUAAGGCUGGCCAAAGAGUUCAUGAAAAGGAUUAUCAAAGAAGUGCAGUCUAGUGAAUGCUCAAGAGUAGAAAACCUCUUGCUCCAAGGAGUCCGAUUUGCUUUCCGAGUACACCAGUUUGCAGGCGGAUUUGAUUCAGAGACUAUAAUCUCCUUCGAGGAGCUAAAGAAGAUAGGCACGGACAUUAAGAGACAAACCAACAAACAGUAGCACAUAAUGUAUUUGUGAAAUGGCCCUGGCCAAAAUACCAUAAAAUGUGACUGAAAGUAUUAAAUGAGUCGGGAAUUCUAGACUAUAAUUCGAAUAU